AUGAAAUAUUCAUCAAUAAUUCUGAAUCAGUUCGUUUUAUCUAAAAAUAUAAUUGGAACAGCAACUGUUCAUGUGAAACUUGGUGUUUCUUGUACACGUUCCGAAGGAUUUUAUGGUAGAACAACAUCUUAUUUUUUAUCUUCACCCGAACCAAGUCUAACGAUACUGGAUUUAGUUGUAGGUUAUUUAUUUAUUGAUUCGCUUCUUGCAUCUUCACUUGAAUGUUUUUAUAAUACAUCAUGUAUUCAAAUUCUUAUUAAAUGGCGUUCAUUUGACUCAUACAAUGCUCCAGUAGAUUCUCGUGUUAUCAAUGUUAUUUCACUUGAUUCAACAGUUGAUAGUUGUUUUUCUCCUGAUACGAAAUCAGAUAAAAUUGUUUCACAAUUAUUCAUUGAAAAUUGGGCGAAUUCUACAAAUUUUAGUUUCUAUUAUAAUCAAUGUACUUAUGCUUAUGAAGAACGUUUUAAUAGAGCUUAUGCUAUUGCAACUAUACUUGGUAUAGUCGAUGGUCUUUCUAUUGCACUUCGAACAGUGAUUCUUCCUAUUGUGAAACUACUUCGAGAAAUAUAUAAUCAUUGUCGCAGACAUCAGCAACAUGUUACACAAGAAUGCUUUGUAGAAAAAGAAAUGUUUCAUGCUAAUCAACUACAUAAUGUAUUUGACACAUAUUGGAAUGUUGCUGUAUCUUAUCCUAAUGAUAAUUAUAUUAUGUCAACAUGUUCAACAUCUCUUUUAAGUAGUUAUAACAAAACAGAAUUAUUAUCAGAUUGA